AUUUUUUAUUUCAAAACAAACAUGGCAGCCCGUGGUUCCUGCGUAGGACUUUACCUUGCAGUUUUACUUGUUUGUUCAACAUGUGUUACACUGUUAGAGUGUGAAAAAAUGAAAGUAACGGGUAAGGUCACUGUUUCUGGGCAAGACGAAGGAAUAAGCUUGGGCAAAGAAUCUUUUUUCACCGUGAAGCUUGAGGACACAAGUCUUAUGGAUGCCAGUGCUGUAGUUUUGGGCAAAUAUGAACAACUGCUCCCGUUAGGAACAAAACUCGGGCCUGAAGGAUUGAACUACACAAUUAUUUUUGAAAAGCCAAAGCAUUUGGGACCAAUGAACUCUUUAUCUGCAGUAUUGAAUGUUGGUUGGAAACCAACUGGCGACGAGUGGAUUCGUAAAGGUGAUUACUUCACUGACACAUUUCACCCCGUCGAUUUGAAGCAAGAAACAGAGCCAAUUGUUUCCGAUAUUGUCAUGGUCCAUUACCCCAAGUAACACUUGAGAAGAUAAUCUAAAUAGUCCUGUGUGUGACUGUGUGUAGUAAAGACAAGUCGAUCGAUAUUGCAACAUGGCAACGUGUCGAUCGUAACAUGUCAACCAUUGACAAUUGAAAAUAUGUAAUUUUAGUGUUAGAACAGCUGUAAACUUGUAAACUAAUAUCUGGAAAUAAAAUCAAAACCAUUUAUUGAA